AAAUCCGCGGCUCUUCUCUCUCCAACCACUUAUAAACCCUCCCCGUCUCUCGUUCCUCCUCUCGCACAUCAAAUCUUUACCCUCGUUUCCUUCGAUAUUCCUCGCUCCCGCGAACGUCCUCUUCAGUUUCUUUUUCCAGAGCCCCUUUCUUUUGGCCUUUUCUCUUAUGUGAGGCAGCUGGCCGCGACCGGCACCAAGGAAAGCGAUCUCUCGACUCCAGAUACAGAGGAGGAGGAGGAGGAGGAGAAGAUUUGAGAAGGGGAAUUUCUCCCGUCGGUCAGUUGAGAGGCGCAGAAGGAGAGAAGAAGCGGACAAGAUGAGGAUGAGCUGCAAUGGAUGCCGGGUGCUCCGCAAGGGGUGCAGCGAGAACUGCAGCAUCCGGCCGUGUCUCCAGUGGAUCAAGAAACCCGAGUCCCAGGCCAACGCCACCGUCUUCCUCGCCAAAUUCUACGGCCGCGCCGGGCUCAUGAACCUCAUCAACGCCGGCCCAGAGCACCUCCGUCCUGCAAUAUUCCGUUCGCUGCUCUACGAAGCUUGUGGGAGGAUCGUGAACCCGAUCUACGGCUCGGUUGGCCUGCUGUGGUCCGGCAGCUGGCAGCUCUGCCAGGCGGCGGUGGAAGCGGUGCUCAAGGGCGCUCCCAUCAUGCAAAUCCCCUCCGAGACAGCCGCCUCCACCCCCGUUCCUCCCCUCAAGGCCUACGACAUCCGCCACGUCUCCAAGGACUCCGACGACGCCGCCGCCACCCGGGCCGCCGCGGAACUGCACAAGAUCUCCAAGUCACGCACCCGGUUCAAGCGCGUCGCCGCUGCUAAACCGAAGCACGGAGCCGUACUGGUCGAGGUGGCUGAACAGGACUCCGCCCCGCCUUGCGAUCUUAGCUGGCCCCGUUGUUACCCGGUCGACUUCAAGCGCGCUCGGAGCCAUGAGUCGGCCGGGAGCCAGGCGACCGAGCCCGACGCCGGGGAGGCUGCGGCGGCCGCAGGAGCGGGGGACGGCGAUAGCCGGGAGAACGAGAGCGUGUUCUCCGGGGAGACGGCGGAGGGGUCGCACGUGAGCCAAGGCGAGCCGAACGUGGCCGAGGAGAGCGAGGUGGGGCUGGAGCUGACCCUGGGUUUCGAACCGGUCUCCAGAGCCGGCCGGACCACCCGGCCCGCGGCUGAGGCGCGGUGCGACGUUAGCACCUGGGGAUCCGACACGUGUAGGAUGGAUCUCGGGCUCGAACUGCCGGCGUGAUGAUGAGAAAUUAAGCUCCUCUGUAGCAUAGAAAUGGCGAAGACUAGGAGAUUGACAGUUUUGGCGUCGUUUUGAGGAAUUUGUUUAAUAUUAUAAUCCAAUAUGCAACAUCCUCAGCCCCUCCUCUUCCCCUCUUUUUUUAUUCCCCCUCCCCUCCCCUCCCCAACUCCUCUCCUUUGGUUAGGAGUUGGAGGUUAGAGGGUCCAUUUCAUCUUGUUUUCAUCUGUAUGUAUCUUUAUGCUUACAGCCCUUUCCUUAUAUGUGUAGCCUUUAUGAUAUAAUAUGAUGUAGAGAGAAGGUAGAGGUUUUUUUUUCCUCUAGUUAA